AUCAGCGUGGACAGAGGGUUGAAGUGGGAGGAGGUCUAUGAGAAGUCACUUCACCUGACGGGCCCUCAUGAUGGCUUCUACCUGUCCCACAAGGUUCGAGGAAACAAAUACAUUUGCCUCCUAGCCGAACAGACCCGUGGGAAAUACUUCACCCUCUACAAGCCGAACAUCGGCAAACAGAGUCAGCUGGAGACCAUGGAUAGCCUUUUGAAGAAGUACCAGCCGGUAUCGCCAGUGGAUGCUCAGCCCCACUGGGAGAGCAGUUACGACUUCUCCCUGAAACACUGCAACCACGCCGUAUGGAACAGGAACUGCAAGGUUGUCCAGGAGGGGAAGGAAUGUUUCCAAGGCGCGCGUUUACGCCACUAUUACAUGCUGUGCGGGGCUCUCUUGCGCGUCUGGACCAAAAUCGCCAGCAUCAUGGCUAACAUCACCAAUACCAGCUAUCUGCAGAUUGUCCGCCUCAAGACCAAAGAGAAGAAGAAGCAAGUUGGAAUCAAGAUACCGGAGAAUUGUGUCCAUCAGGUGCUGAAGGAGUUGAAGCAGAUGGACGAGAACGUCAAGCAGAAGCAGAAGCAGACCUCAGCCAUGUUGGCCCCCAUGAGGCCCGGCCAGCCCUUCCCGCCGCUCGUCCCUCCGCUGGACCUCAGCCAGCCUGCAGGGUUUCUCUCCGCCCAGCACUCUUCCUUGCCGCAGAAUGAGGUCUGGGAUCUGACCAACAGCCCACCCGAGGAAGGCCUUCCCAACUUCUGGACGCACCCGUCUCCUCCUCCUCCUCCUCCUCCUUCGCUGCACCCCCAUCUCCCCCCAGCCCCCUCCCAGUUCAACUUCCACGCUCCCUACGACAACGCGGGGCUGGUGGGCAGCCUGGAGCUCAGCGGCUCCCCUUCCCAGCACCACGAACCCUUGGCCCCGACGCCGGCCCUCCCGCUUCCCCUGGCGGACAGUUUCUCCCCGGCCAGCCUGAACUUCCGAGAACUCUUGGAGGAGAUGAUGCUGAACCCCCAGGGUUUGGGGGCCGAGAGCAGUGAGCAGGAGCGCCAGAGCGUCAUCCAGUUCAGCGGACCCCUCUCUAACCUCUAUGAUGCCAGCUGAGGUGGGGAGGGGGGAGAAGAG